AUGAUCUCAGGAAGCACAUCAUCAAGUCAGAACAUCAACUUCGCAGCGAUUAACAACAGAUACGAUGGUCUAAUAGAUAUUCCGAUAUCGGAAAAGAUUUUUAAUUCGUUUAUUGCUUUCUUUAACUACUGUGAUAUCUUUGUUCCUAAAAUGCCUUCGUUCUAUUCUUUAAUGUCAAUACUCAGAUUGUUCCAACUAAUGGGUGCAUCCUUUUUUGAAGCAAAUUCAUUAAUAUUUGAGAAAGGAACGUUAUCUUAUAAUACAAUCUCCAUCAUAUCCAUCUUAUUUCAUAUAAUACCAACCCAAUACAGGGAUGACGGCGCUUAUAUUUUAUUAAUAAUUUUAACAUCAAUUAUGAUCAUUUUGGCAAUUUCGCUUAUUAUUUCGUCAGCAAUAUAUAUGAAAACAAGUAAAAUCCCUAAAACCACUGCAAUUAUAAUUUAUAUCUUGGUUUCCAUUAUUGCUUUCUAUUUCCCACCACUUGUUGCACAUUAUCUUGGACUGAUGAUAUCAGGAUUCAUUACAAAAGCUAUUGCAGUCAAAACAAGCCUAAUAAUUUUAAUAAUCGUUACUCUUGUUGUUUCAUAUUUGUACAUGGUUUCAUUCUAUAGCUCGUUCAGUAACACAUUAGUAUUCAGACCCACAAGUUUCCUGACCUUAGAAGGAAGACCACAAGAAUUUUUGUUUUUCGGAGCAAUUUUAGUGAAUUUAUUUGCAGGUUUGGCCACACAUUUCUCCAAAUGGGCGACUCUCGUGAUGAUGAUUUUUUCAGCCAUAACAUAUUCCACUUGUAUUUUAUCGGUUUUCGGAUAUGGAACAUUCCUUGAUCUCAAUCACCAAGUUUUUGUCAUUUCUGGUUCAAUUGUUGGUGUAAUAACUUGUCUUCUAAAUCUUGUUCCUUUGUUUACAAACAAGACUUGGAAUGAAUACUUCUUUGCCAUGUAUUUUGGCAUUUCUUUUGUUGUUUUCCUUACAUUCUCUUUCGUUUUAAAGAACCGAGUUAACAAAGAUUUGAAGAUUCUAGAUGAAAUCCAAGAGACACAAGACAUCACUGUUAGCUCAAAGAGAAAAUUCAAACAGAUUCUUGUUUCUGGAUACACAAACUGCCAUCCUGUUUGUACCGAUUUCACAAUCUUCAAAUUGGCAACAAACGAAUGGCAUGAAGAUGUUUCUAUCUGGAUGUUGUUCGCCAAAUUCACCGCUAUUUAUCCAGAUCUAAAUCGUCAGUUGUUGUUCAUUGCUGAAACAUUGGCAACUUUCAAAACUGAUGAUGGAUUAAGAAAAAUGAUUAUAAUGAACAUUGAAAACAUCACUAAAACAAGAGAAGUAGCUCUUACAAGUCAAUUAAAAUCAAAACUCUCAAAAAUGAACAAACAGUUCAACAAAACUAAGAACAAACUACGUAAUGUUUGGGAUUUGGUUUUACAAGGUAACAUAAAUGAAGUCAAUUCAGCCGUAAAAACAUCAUUAGCAAACAUUGAAGAGUGUGACAAAGAGUUGUCCAAUUUGAUGAGACAAUAUCCAAAUAACAAAUUUGUCUACAAGCAAUAUGUAACAUUUUUGCAAGAUAUCAAUGGUGACAAUGUUGGAGCAAAGAAUGCAAACUUAGUUCUUAACAAGAUGCAAAGAGGAAUCAGAGUAAAUACAGAUUACAUCCAUGAUUUAGGUAUUGCAGCAAUGCCAAAUAUUCCUGUUUCAUGCAAAGAUGCAAGUUUCAUUGCAGAACAAAUUCAACAAAAUGCAAAUGAUGAAUUCAAUGACAGCAUGAAUAAGAUAUUUACAGAAGAUGACACCAAUUUAGACAAAUACGAAUUGAUCUUGAAAUCUGUUAACAAACACAAAAUUCCUGCUAUUAAUUUCAUCUAUUUUUCAACAUUUGCAUUAUGGUUUAUUUUGAUUUUCCUUCCGCUGUUAGUUCUUAUUCUUUUGUUCAACUAUUAUGUUACAGUUGUUAAAGAACCAAUUGCAAUGUUCCAAGGAUUUUCUUAUGUCAGAAACAUGCUGACAAUGGUUCCAACAAUGUUGCAAACAUAUAUAAUGACAAGACUUGAUAAUCCUAAAGAUCCUUCAAAGAAACUAAUGAAACCAAUAGAACUUGGUCCUAAAUUUGAAUCACAAGGUUAUGCUGGAGAAAAAGAUAACCUCGGAAUCUUGCAACAUAUGAUAUCUAUUGUUGAAUAUUGCAUUACUUUCCUUGAUGGAGUUAGAACAUAUAAAGAAGGUAAUGAAAGAAUGGACCAAAUGAGAGAGUACACAUAUGGAAAGAGCAUCAAUUUCACGCAGUACUUUAAUCUCGAAAACACUUCAACCUUGCAGUUAAAUGUAGAAGAUUCUGUCUUCCUCUUAUCAGUGAAAAGCUCUGAUCUUUUGGGAUAUGAAAAUUAUACAUAUGACAUUGUUGAAAAUGGAGAUUUCUUGACUGUAAUGAAUAACUAUUAUUCACCAAUUAAUAAUCUUAACAAUGCAUCAAAUUUAUUAGCUAAUGAAGUCAAAGAUACAAACAGAAAGCAAAUCAAGGCUUUCAAGAUUGCAUUGAUUGUUCUUUGUGCAGUAAACAUCAUUGCAAUUCCUAUUGUUUAUACAAUACAAUACAAGAAAUUGAUGUUUGACAAGAAUCAAAUUCUCCAGAGCUUUACAACAUUACCAAAGACUGUUUUGUCAACAAUUUCUUCAUCAUAUAACACAAUUAAAGGAAGUGAUUCAGAUCAGAAAUAUUCUGACCAAGAGAUAAAUAGACAAGAAGAAACAAUCAUCAAACUUUUUAGUUCAAUUUCAGAUUCAAGAUCAGCAGAAACAUCAAUUGAAGUUUCUAAUUUCAUGUCAUUCUUUUUAAUAUUAAUAUUAGUUGUCGUUGCAUUUGCAAUUUCAUACAAGAGUUUCAGAAAUACUGCUUUAGUUAUGAUAAACAACUGUUCUCAGUUAGAUUUCCUUUUCGGAAUUGCAGCAUAUUUGUAUGGAAUAAUUGGAACUAUCUUUAAGUUUGGAUUUGCAUUCAAUAAUUACAUUGUUAACAAAGAAAUGGAUGUAUCAGGAAUCAACUUGAUUCUUCCAUUAUUAAUCAAGUCAAUUAAUACUGUUUUAUUAGGCGGUAAAUCAGGAAAUAAUGAAUUACCAUUCCCUAAUUUAGAUACAGUUAUUUCAAAUGCACAAAGAUUCUUGACAUGCACUGUAGAUGAUAAUCAAUACAAGUCAUUGAUGGAUAGUGUGCAUUGUUUCACUUUGUCUGAUCAAUUAUUUAUUGUCGCAUCUUAUGUUAAGAGAUAUACAACAUUCAUGGAAAAUGAUACAAAUCCAUUAUAUAUUGAUGUAAGCAGCGAUUUCGCAAGAGAUUUGUUCCAAGUUGGUCCAAUUGAAAUAUACGAAUCUAUUCCUUACCAAGGUGGUAUGCGCUAUGUCACAGAAAUCCAGGCACAAAUCGAUGAUGAAAAGAUGGAAAUGAUAAAAUGUUCAUCAAUUAUUAUUGUUGUUGCUUUUAUUAUCAUUAUUUAUAUAAAGCUUGUUACAAAGAGAGAAGAUAGAUUGAUGAAGUUCUAUUUCACAUUAUUGCUUAAAGUUCCUGCAGAUACAUUACUUGGAAACCAAAGAUUGAUGGAUCUUAUUAAUGGUGAUUAUUCUAUUAAUGAUCAAUCGAAUUUAGAAAAAUAUGCAAAGAUAUCUGAUGAAAUUUUCAACAGUAUCAAUGAUAUCAUCAUUGUUGUUGAAGAGCAGACAGGGAAGAUUGUAGCUGUUAACCAUGCUUUCGAGAGUUUAUUCAAUUUGAACUCAGAAGAUGUUGUUAAAAGACAUAUUUCUGAGUUCUUCAAUGAAGAAAAAUUCAAAUCCACAGAAAAAGUUGAGGAUGUUUUCAAGAAACAAACAACUUUGAUAUCAUAUUGCUCGAGAUCGAAAUCUGAUGCAUACAUUAAUUUCACAUCAAUAUUUGUUGGAUCAAAUAGAAUUUUCUUUGGUAGAGAUCAGACACAAAAUUACAGACAUGAAAAACUUAUUGAAGAUGAAAAGAAGAAAUCUGAUGCAAUGUUGGCAUCAAUCUUACCACCAAUGUUGGUUGUUAAAGUACAAGCUGGUGAAAAGAAUAUUUCUUUCGCUUGCCAAUCAGCAACAAUCUUGUUCUUGGAUGUUGUUGAAUUCACACCUUGGUGUGGUUCUCAUGAUGCUCAAUAUGUCAUGAGAAUGUUGAAUAUCAUGUUCAAAGAAUUUGAUGUUAUUACAAAUGCUCAUAAAACAAUGACAAAGAUCAAAUGCAUUGGUGAUUGUUAUAUGGCUGCCGGUGGUAUAUUUGAUGAAGUAAAUCAACCACCUGUUCAUGCAAAGGAAGUUGUUGAUUUCGGAUGCAAAGUCAUUAAGAAAUUGUUAGAAAUUGAUGAACAAGAAAAUGAAAAACUUAGAAUCAGAGUUGGUAUAAACACCGGUGGUCCUAUUGUUGCUGGUGUUAUUGGAACAGAGAAACCAACUUUCGAAAUACUUGGCCCUGCAAUUAACAUUGCUCAUGAAAUGGAAAGCCACGGUAUUCCAAUGAAAGUCCAUAUCUCAAGAUCUGUUUACGAAUUAAUCUACGGACAGAACUUCGACAUCAAAGAAAGAGGAGAAAUUGAUGUCAAAAAAGGAAAAAUGUUUACAUAUAUUGUCGAACCAUGA